AUGGCGGGCACGACAACUGUGGUGACACUUCUCCUCGUGCCCGUUCUGGUAUUCUUCCUCUGGCACAUGACAGCGAGCUCAAUCCCACCCGUGCCAUCCAACCUCCGCAACAAGCGCAUCAUCCUCUUGAUCGCACACCCAGACGAUGAAUCCAUGUUCUUCUCCCCUACACUGCAGGCCCUCACACAUCCGUCACUACAAAACCAUCUUAAGAUUCUAUGCAUGAGCACGGGCGACAGCGAAGGGCUGGGCGAGACCCGGCGCAAGGAGAUUGAGGCCGCAGCUGUGACGUUGGGUGUGCGACGGAGGGAAGACGUUUUCGUGCUCAACGACGACCGCUUCAAGGAUGGCAUGAAUGAGACAUGGCGACCGGAAGAAAUCGUUCGCGUCCUGGCCAGCGCAUUCGCGCCACACUUAAACGCCACACUUCCCGCCAACACCACUACCACCACCACCGCCUCCUCUGAACCCCCAUCAUCAGAUAAAGAGAAAGAGAAAGACCGCCGGAAAUCCAAAAGCCAGAAACACAGCAAAAGCGCCUCGUCAUCCGCAACCCCUCCGCCAGCAGCACAGAACAUGCCUGCCGGCCCUCGCGCCACCAUCGACGUCCUCAUCACGUUUGACGCACAAGGCAUCUCAUCCCACCCGAACCACAUCGCACUGUACCACGGCGCGAAGCAAUUCAUCCAGUCCAUCAUGAAAGGACAUUCAGGCUAUGCCUGCCCCGUGGCACUAUACACGCUACCGACGGUCAAUAUGGCGCGCAAAUACAGUUUCAUCCUCGACGCCGUCCCGACACUGCUGGGAGGUAUCUACGGCUCCGUUUUCGGGGGCAGCAAGAAACAGACCAUCGCGUCGAGCGAGGCCAAGCAGGACACCGCGGCGGAGAGGACGGUGUUCGUCAAUGACAUCCCUCGCUACUGGAAGGCGCGCGAGGCAAUGGUCUCCGGCCAUAAGAGCCAGAUGGUCUGGUUCCGCUGGGGUUGGAUCUCGUUGGGUCGCUAUAUGGUCGUUAAUGAUUUGAGGUCGGAGCGGGUCGUUGCAUCGUGA